AUGGGGUCGGAAGGCGAGAUGGCGAGGAAACCCAGGUUCCUAUGCCUGCACGGAUUCAGGACCCACGUAACAAUCUUGAAGAAGCAACUCACCAUCAAGUGGUCGGAAUCCGUCCUCCAGAACCUCGAUCUAGUCUUUGUCGAUGCCCCUUACCCUUCUGAAGGCAAAUCCGAGGAUUUCGCGGAGUACAAGAAUUUCGAGCAGUGCCUAGCUUACAUAGAGGAAUUAAUGAUCAAGCAUGCUCCCAUGGACGGCCUCCUCGGUUUCUCACAUGGAGCGAUUCUGCCGGCUGGACUUUCAGGUCUGCAAUCCAAGGUCCUGGCGCUGACCAGAGUUCCGAAGAUCAAGUUUCUGAUAACAGUUGGAUGGACGAAAUUCAAGGCGAAGUUAGUGGUUGACGAUGCUUACGCUUUGCCCAUACAGUGUCCAUCCCUCCACUUUCUCGCCAUCCCACAAUAUUAG